AUGAACGACCCGAGUUGCUUGGGCGCAGUGGCCCUCGCCCUCUCCCCAUCACCACGGGAGCGGCGGUACCCUGCGGCCGUCAUGGCGCGAGAGAAGGACGGGGCCGGCCGGAUCGUGCACGAGGUUUUUGUUUUUUCUGGCACGGCGUUUGGCAGGGAGUGGUAUAUGAUGUGCACUCCACCGGGACCACCGUUCGUCGUCACCCUCAACUGGGGCGGGAACAGCCUCGAGGAGCUGAACCGAAUGGACCCCGCUGCGCUCAAGGGAGUACUCGCGAGAUUGUUCCCUGUGGUCAAGUCAGAGGAAAAGCAGCCCAACGGCGCCAACAAGAGCAACAAGUAUUUCUGCCGGAGCGAGAUUCUCUUCGUCAUCAAGGAUGGCCCCUCGACCCUCGUCUGCGGCGCCGGCGCCGGCAAGCACUGUGGAUUCGAGUUUGUCGCGUACUACCGUGACGACGCGGCGGCGAUGUGGAACCGCGCGCGCCCCUGGAACCGCGCGCGCCCCUUUGUCCCUCCAGAGGUGGCGGCGACGGCGCGGGGCGAGGCGGGCUCGUCCGGGGCCGUCGCGCCCGUCCCCGGCAGCUGCAGCUCGGGGGACCUCUCGGGCGGCCGCUCGGGCGGCGGCCACUUCGGCGCCAACACGCAAGUGCCGAACGUGCGCGGCACGGAGGAAGUCUCGGGCGUCCGGACCUCGCCGCCCGAAAAGCAGAAGAAGCAGCGGCACGGCGAGGGGGGCGGUCGCUUGCUUGACCUCGAAGCUUCCGCCGAGGAACAAGAGACUACUGCCCGCGUUGUGGCAGACUUCUGGCGAUGGGCCGACGAGCAGCUUCCGGCGCUUCGUACGGCGCCUGUCCAGAUGGUCGACAACGUGCUCGACGCAUGGUGGCUGUGCCGCGGCGCAUCAAAGCACGUCCCGGCGUGA